AUGAUUGACAGCGGUCCAAGUGGUAAUCCUCCAAACCACUUUCAACAACAACUACCAACACAACAACAACUACCAACACAACAACAACUACCAACACAACAACAACCAACACAACAACAAUCACACUCUUUAUCGACAAUACUUCUUAUUCUUUUAUUAAUAGUAUUAUUUUAUUUAAUAAUGGCAGAUAUAUGUGCGACAUUAAUUCUUGUGUUACGUGGCAUACAUGAACCAGUGAAUUACAUUGAAGAAGAAAGUUCAUCAGUAUUUGAAGGAAAUGUUAAACAUGGUGGUGAACUGUAA